CUUCCGUAUAGAACAAGGUUUUAGGAAGGAAAAAGCCCUAAUGCUUCAGUGACCUUUAACAGCACGUCGCCGUCGAUCCCAAAAUCUUCCUUUCGAUUCUCUCAAUCCACGCUACCAUCGAAGACAAACAUUUACCCGUUCAAUCGACCCUACAAGAAUAUCAAUCAGCCAAAACAACGAAGAAGAUUGAUUUCCCCACGUCCGUACGUGUGAGAAGCUCAAGUUUUCUGUUUUUGUUUUUAUUGAUUUAAAGCUUGAAAGAGAUGAAUCACCAUACUGAAAGGGGACUCCAAUAGAGCUGAAACAGACAAGAACAACAACAGAAAAAGAAGAAAAAAGAAAGUAGACUGAAAUGUAACAGUGCAAUGGGGGUAAAGGCUAAAAAGGCUUUGAUGAAGAAAAUAAAGAAGAGUUCUUCUGACUCAGUUGUUUCGGGUAGAGAUGAAGUCUCGGACUUCUUGCCACUAGAAGGUGGUCCUGGAAGAAAACUACCCAAGAGCCGAGAAGAGCCUUUGAAGGAUAUUGCCACGGUCUUAUAUAUAGGUCACAUACCACAUGGGUUCUACGAGGAUCAAAUGGAAGUUGUGCUUCAUCUCCAAAUGGUAAAGAGUAAAGAGACAUCCUUGCAGAAGCUGAGCCAUACAGGGAAGUCAAAGCACUAUGGCUUCAUUGAAUUCGAGUCUCCUGAGGUGGCAAAAAUUGUGGCUGAUUGUAUGCACAACUAUUUAAUGUUUGAGCACAUGUUGCAAGUACAUCUUGUUCCUCCAGAACGAGUUCAUCUGAAGCUGUGGUACGGCAUAAACCAUCGACACCAGCCGUUGGAUUGGCUAAAAAUCGAACGCAAGCGGCAUGACAAGGAAAGAACGGUUGAAGAACACCGUCGAUUGGUGGAAGGAAUCCUGAAACGAGACAAGAAGCGGCGGGAGAGAAUAGAGGCUGCCGGUAUUGAUUAUGAAUGCCCAGAAAUUGUGGGGAGUUUUCAGCCUGUUCCGAAGAAAAUCAGGUUUGAGGAGGAAGAAGAGGAUUAGACCUUUUUCACAGAUCUUGUGAUCUUAUGUAUCAUAAUCUUACUGCUAUUUUCUAGAGCAUGAUAUAACAAGGCUGUGUGGUUGGUUGA